AUGAAGAAUUUUUGGAAUUCACUGGUCAUCACAGUCCUUGUAGGGGUCCGUUCGUGUUUACCUCUGAUUGAAAACCUUGCCCAGAUCAGAGUCAAUACCGCUGAGCAGUACCGUAACUGGUCCAAGAAGAUCGGUCAUGUAUACCAGACCCACUUGGGCAACAUCCCUGUGGUCGUGGUGAACUCUGCAGCCACUGCGAAAAUUGUCUCUAGUACCGCCAGUGCCACUAUUGAAACACCCCUGUACAAUAAUUCGCUGAAACGGCGCAGAAAUGGAACAGCUCCAGCUCUGAAUCGACCAUUGGUGAAGAGUUACGUCCCCAAUCUGGAUGUCGAGUCCAAUGUCUUUAUGGAGAAGCUGCUUGGUUAUGGUGAAGGGGUCCAGAUCCCGGUCAACCCCAUGCCCAUGAUACUGAGACUGAGACUGAGACUGGCUCUGACUUCAAGCUGA